AUGGCCGAAAAGAUUACUACCCUCGCUUACAACAGCGGAGUGAAUUUCUUUGACACUGCUGAGUUCUAUUCUGAGGGUCAGGCUGAAAGAACGCUCGGAAAGAUCUUGAAAAGUAAGGGCUGGAGUUCACCGACGGAGCGCACCUUAUCGCGAAAGCGGAUUAUUGAAGGUCUCAUGGGUUCUCUUGAGCGUCUGCAACUGCAUUACGUGGACAUAGUCUUAGUGAGUAGGGAUCCUGAAAGAAUUUGUACGAUAGAGGAAAUUGUACGAGCCUGUUCAUUCGUCGUGCACCAGGGAUGGGCAUUUUACUGGGGAACCUCAGAUUGGACGCCAGAAGACAUUAAAGAAGCAUAUACCGUGGCACGACUAUUUCAUCUCACACCUCCUUCAUUGGAAUCCUUGGAGUUCAACCUCUUCCAGCGAGAAUUUCAUGAAUUCGGAAUGUCAGAACUCUGCUCAAAACUGGGUAUGGGUCUUAUCUCUGGAGUUCCGUUGGCUCAAGGCAUUCUCUCCGGAAAAUACGGCGACAAAAUACCUCGUUACUCCCGAGCCUCGUUACAGAGUCAGGUGGGACUUCGGAAGCAGAUCCUUAGCAAAGAGGGUCAGGAACAGCUGAUGCAGGUAUCGCAGCUAUCGAAGUUGGCGAACCGACUUGGAAUAUCGCUGCCACAAUUAUCCAUUGCUUGGUGCUUGAAAUCAAACCACAUAAACUGUGUUAUACUGGGAGCAGCCACCGUCGACCAGCUGCAGGAAAACCUUGGAGCGAUCUCGGCGGUGUCAGCUCUCUCUAACGCAGUUCUCGGGGAAAUUGAGAACAUACUUGUCAGCGACCACCAAUCGGAAGACUUCCUCUGA